AUGUCUGGUGUUAGUCAAAGUUCCACAGUUUUAUUAAAUCGUUUAUUCACAUUAAAAGAAAGUUCACCUUUAUUAUUAGUUACAGAUACAAUAGCACAAUCUUCAUAUUAUUUAAUUAAAGAAUUUAUUCAUAAUGUACCAAAAGAUACAAAUAUAGUUUAUAUAUCAUUUGAAACAAUUCAUAAACCAAAAUAUGCCAAUGUUUUCAUUGAAGCUUAUGAAAUGUCAUCUAAAGCUUUGAUUGAACAAAUUAAUUCUACUUAUGAAUCCAAUGUUAAAAAUUUAAUAAUUAUUGAUUCAAUUAAUUUUAUAAAUAAUGAAAUUUUAUCACAAUUUUUAACUUCAAUUAUAAAACCAAAUUUAACUGUGUUAGCUACAUAUCAUACAUCAUUACCAGAAUUAGAAACUAGUGUUAAAUAUCCAAAUUAUCCAUCAAGUUAUAAGAUUUUAUCAUUUAUUGCAUCAUCAAUAUUUGAAAUAAUACCAAAUUCAAAAGAAUUUGAUGAAGAAGAAUUAGAAUUAAAUUUAAAUAAAUUAAACAUUGUUAAAGGUUUAAAUAAUUCAAUUUUCCAAAUAAAUUUAAUUAAUCGUCGUAAAUCAGGUCGUUCAAUAAAUUAUAAAUUUGAAAUAAAUACAAUGAAUCAUAAUUAUAAUUUAAUUUUACCUGAUCAAUCAUUAGAUUCAGGAAAUUCCAUGGAUACCCAGGAUUUAUUAAAAGGUUUAACUACGUUUAAUUUAACAACAAGUGAUAAACAAAAAUUAGCAAAAGAUCAAGUUGAAUUACCAUUUCUUGAUGCUCAAUCAUUUAAUAAUGGUGGUGCAAUUGUUUAUGAGUUUGAAAAAGAUGAUGAUUAUGAUGAAGAAGAUCCUUAUGAAGAUCCAUUUUAA